AUGGGUCCAUUUCAAGGCCCUGAGUGGGAGCCAGUAAGGGACCUACUGUCUCAGGAUCAAAGCUGCAAGGAUCCCCGCUGCUGUGGCAAUCUGCUUGUCUUCUGCCUCUUUCUGAUCUGGCAGAUCCAACAGUUUUGGUAUCAAGUUUUCAGGACCAGCAAGAGGAAUGUCACCAAGGUGCCACCGCAGGGAUGGGCAGUGUCAGCCACCACAUGUGACACUUUCUUUGGGAUGAUUCCUGAAGUCUUUACUUAUGGAAGAGUCAGGGCCCUGGAUGUUCAUGUCCAGCAGUGGGCACAACAGCAGAAAUGGGAACACCAGAAGAAGGUCAGACAAGAAUGGGCAACCUUGCUGUCUCCACAGGACUCGUGUCAAGACGUCUCUUGGGUUGGCCACACCUCUUCCGAGCCCAUUUUUUGUGCGUCUUCCUUUUCAAGCACUUGUCUUCUCCCUCAGGACGAUUCUUGGGAAGAAUGGCAGGCACCUUGGUGCCUCACAGCUAGCCAGACUCACCCUUCUCUGGACAUGUGCCAAAGGAUGGAGCAGCUGCUGGCUCCCUCCCAGGAGAGGUCGGUGCCAGUAGAGCCUGUUAGACCGAGCUACAAAUCCACCCCUACAUCUUUAGCCAUCUCUCUUCCAAACUUCCCUUCAGCUCAGAGGCCAGAGUUCUGCCUCAGAGAGUUUCUGCCUGAUUCGCUUAACCGACUUCCCCCCAGGAAGUCCUUGGACAGCCUACAAGGUCCCUUAGCACUACGGGAUAAAACCCAGACAGUAGGCAGAAAAUAUUGUGAAUACACAAACAAAAGAGAGAACAGAAGGAGGGGUGCUUGGGAGACACAAGCAUCUGGAGACUUCAUCCCAAAGAAGGGCAGAGACGCUGAGGCCCUGGGGCGCAGAAACCAGAGACAAGUAAAAAGGGGAGCUGAUGGCGAGAUCUCAGUGCCAGGGUGGAAGGAAGAAGCCCAAGUAAGAACUGAAGAUAGAGAACAAACUGAGAAACUAUGGAAGAAAAGCCAGAGGAAGCCUGGAGAUAAGAAUCCUUUUACCUGGGCCCAUUUGGGAGAGAGCCAAGAACAGUUCAGAUAUAAAACUGACAUAGCAACUCAGACACCAGAGUGGGGGCACCAGGAGGAUGCUGUGCAGACUCCAGCACUGGGGCAGGAGAAAGAGAAAGAAGCCAGAGGGGAGGGAGAGGCAGAGGACCAGGACCAAGGAUUAGAAACACAGGGCUGGACUGGAAGUAAGAAUAGUGUAAAUUCCCAAAUGCUAAAGCAGAGCACGCAAGACCAGACUGGACGCAAUACUGGUACAGAAACUGAGGCAGAGGAAGGAAGACACAAGGGCCAGAUUGCAAGUAAGGAUGGUGUGAAAAUCCAGACAUCUCAGAGGGAGAACCUGAGAGAAAUCAAAUUACAGGACAACAAAGAGACCCAGGCAUGCUUUAGACCUGAGAAUGAGGACCAGAUUCCAGCGGAGGAGAGGCAGGGACAGUGCAGAAGUGAUGACUGGAAGACCCAAGCAUGUACUGGAGAGAACCAGCAUCUCUUCAGACAUGAAGUUCAGGUGGGCAUGAAGAAGAAGAUCAGGGAGGUAAGGGAAGAGGACUGGGUGGUGAUCCAAGCACCGUGGUGGGGAAGCCAGAGGCUGGUGCUGAUUACAAUAGACAGAGGACUUGGGACACCAUGUUGGGGAAAUCAAAAUCAGGUCAGAGGGGAGUGUACUGCAGACAUCCUGUUACUGGAGAAUGACCGAGGAAAAGGAGGUGAUGAUGGAACAAAUAACCCAAUGCCUGAGGUCGAGGAUCAGGGUCAAUUAAGUGGUAAAACUGAUUUAGAGACUUACCCAGUAGGGAGCCAGAACAAGGAAAAGAUUGAAGAGGAAAGUGGAACGGACAAUCUGGUGCUAGGGAAGAGAGACCUGAGAGAGGUUACUGGUGAGAAUGAAGCACGAACCCAGGAACUCGGGGAAGAAAAUCAAGGUCAGUUAGGAAACAAAUUUCAUAAAAUGAUUCAUGGACCAAAAUGGAAGAACGAGAAACAGAUUAGAGGCAAUGAUAGUAUAAAUAGCCAGACACCUGAAACAGAGAACUGGGAAGGAUUAACAAGUAAGAAAGUCGAUGAUAAAACCCAUGCAACAGGGCACAAGAAAGCAGUGAAUGCUGGGGGUGAGGAUGGUGCAGAAGUUCUAAUACAAGGGAGGAGAAUCUUGAGAGGAGCUAGAGGAGAAGGUGCAGAGACCAAGACAGCCAUGGAAGAAAGCCAGAGCUGGUUAGGUGAUAUGGGUCCUAACACAUUAAAGAACCAGAAGCAGGUGGGAAGUGAGGAUGGAACAGAAGUUCAGGCCCUAGAGAAGAGAAACCGGAGAGAACCUGGAGAAGAUGAUGUAGAGACUCAGAGAUCUGAGAGCAAGAACCAGAGACAGUUGACUGAAACCGGAGGGAGCCAUUCUGUAAGGCAGAGAAGCUGGAAACAAUCCCAAGGAGAUAACACUUCAGAAAAUGAGGCAUCGGAGAAGAAAAACUGGAGAGGGUCUGGAAGAAGGGAUGGUAGAAAGAUGCAGAGAUCCUGGAGAAAGCCUCAGAGAUUGCUAAGUAAGGUAGGUGGAAAGACCUACUUGUUAGAGUGGAAGAAACAGCAAAAUGUUGGAGAUGGGAAUGAGGCAGAACUUCAAACCCAAGGGAAAAGAAGUCUGAGAGGUUUCACAGGUGAUGAUGGUCCAGAGACUCAAGCCUUACUGGGAAAGGACCAGAGGCAGUCAGUGUGUGAAACUGUUGAAAAGAUUCAGACACAGGGGCAAAGAAUCCAGAGCAAGGGCAGAGAUGCUGCUGCAGAAAUCCAGGAUGUAGGGGUCCAGAGAAAAUGCAGAGCUGAAGAUGCUAAACUGUCUCAUACCUCAAGGAGAGGGGACAAAGGCCAGCUCAGAAGGAAGGAUGCUGCCCGGCCCAGUCUCCAAGGUGACUCUUGUGGGAGAGUGGAACCCACAUGCUGGAAGUGCAGCUUGGCUCAGCCUGCUUCUCUCACAUCAGGGUACACCACCCCUAGACACAAGCAGCCAACAGCUGGAAAUGGUGCAGACUCUGCUCCCUGUCCUGAAGAACACCUAAGUAGCCAGGGCGCAGCCCCUGCUGGGAAGCACAGAGGUGGGCUCAGUGUAAGCUCGCAGAGGACCCAACAUGGAUCUCAAAGAAGACAUGAAAGGGACAAAAGGGUGGAUCCAGGAAAGGCCGCCUGGCUGACAUGUCAGCACUCCUACCCACAGUCUCAGGCAUCCUCUGUCUUUCCCUCUCUCCUAUGUCCCCAAGUCUCCCAAGCUGCCCCAGCUCCAGUAAGUGGACCAACUGCCCUCUCCAUCCCUCACAAAUGGCCAGCCCUCAAGAAGAGCCAACAUCUGCUCCUGGAAUCCCUCAUGAAGAGGAAGAUUGCACACCUGAGGUGGGGCUUCCCUCGACGAAUUCUGGAGUCUUACUUGCUUUUCCACUUCUUAGAGUCUUGCUCGUUGCCAAAGGCUGGAGUGAGGCUGCCCGGACUACGCACAGACCAGGAACACCAAAGGCAGCAAGAACAGCAUUGUGAGUCCUUAGGCCCCGAGUCUCCGGGCAGGUCUCAAAGCCGUCCGGUUCUCCAAAGAAAAAGCUCAAAACUUUCUACCCAAGUUCCAGCUCUGGAGAAAUGUAGACCAUCCAGGUUAGAGCCAAUGAGCCGCUCCAUUCCCCCUAAGAAACCCAGGAGAACCAGGCCACAAGGGGGAGGCAGAGAACCACAGAUCCAGGAGGCCCCAAAGGCCACCGUUCCCUCUCCCAGCAAGCCAAGGCCAGCAGCGCAGUCUAGGAGCUGGUGUGGCCCAGGACCAGCCCAAGAGCUUUUCAUUGACAACAGCAGGGGUGGAAAAAUGGUUGGGUCUGGAGUCUCCCAUGCAGAAAAGAGGGCUUCCAGCAGAGUGAGGGCCUCGUCCUGUCCAGAGGGCCUCAGCCACAGGAAAGAGGAACCUUCUGAGCUCCCCAGGCUCCAAAGUCAGCAGCCCACACACCAAAGAAGUGGAAGCAUGGGACACACAGGGGACAGACGGGCCUGGCAGCGUCCCUCCUGCUGCUCCGCACAUAGCUCCAGCUUCAAAGGGACUAUCCACUCUGCUGCAGCCAGGCUGGGCAUAACCAUCUUGAACAAGAUGCCAUGGCUGCCCCAGCACUCAGCCCCCAUUCUCACCCUGAGGAAUCCUAACCCGUUUUCCAAAGUGGGUGCUCCAUCUACAAGAGAGGACAGCACCAGAGACCCCACUGCUCUGGAGAGGGACCUUGAGCCACCAGGGCAUUGCCAAACAGGGCUAACUGUUCCUGAGACAGAGCACUCCAAGGAAUGUGAGGCACCUGGGAACCCAAGAGGGGCACCACAAAAUCCAGCAGCCUCACAAAAGUUUGGCUUUAUGAGGAACUUAAGACACUUUCUCAGACAGUGUGGCCUUAAAAAGUAG